UGGGAGCCGACAGCUUCGCGCUGGGUUUGUCUCCUCACUAGACUAUGAGCUCCUUGAAAGAAGGAAUCCUGUCUUACUCAUCUUUAUAUCCCCAGGGUCUAGCACAGUUCCUGGUACAUAGUUUAAGCUGAAUAUUGGGACAUGGCCACUGCUUCACCAUGGUCUGAUACUAGUAAUAACCACAGUGGAAGGUCACAGUUACAGGUAACUGUUUCUAGUGCCAAACUAAAAAGAAAAAAGAACUGGUUUGGAACAGCAAUAUAUACAGAAGUAGUUGUAGAUGGAGAAAUUAAGAAAACCGCAAAAUCCAGUAGUUCUUCUAAUCUGAAAUGGGAUGAACAGCUAACCGUAAAUGUGACCCCACAGACUACAUUGGAAUUUCGAGUUUGGAGUCAUUAUACUUUAAAGGCAGAUGCUUUAUUAGGAAGAGCAACAAUAGAUCUGAAACAAGCUCUGUUAAUACACAAUAGAAAAUUGGAAAGAGUGAAAGAACAAUUAAAACUUUCUUUAGAAAAUAAGAAUGGCAUAGUGCAAACUGGUGAAUUCACAGUUGUGCUGGAUGGAUUGGCAAUUGAGCAAGAAAAUCUAACAAACUGCAACUCAUCUCCAACCAUAGAAAUACAGCAAAAUGGUGAUGCCUUACAUGAAAAUGGAGACCCUUCAGCAAGACCAGCUUCCAGGUUGGCUGUUGAAGGUUGCUGCCAGACCCAAAAAUACACCAGCUCCAAAACCACUCACAUCUGAGCCUGCCAAUGACACUGCUAGAGAAUCAUUCUCAUCUGCACCAACUGAGAACGCUUCCACCACGAGCACUGUAAUAGUAUCUGAAGAAACUGCCGUGUCUUCAAAUUGCACUAAUACUACUGUUGAAGAUCCUCCAGUUUAAGAAACACUGACUUCCUCAGAAAACAACGGAUGUAUUCUUUCUAAUAGUGCAGCAUCUGGAUCUGAAGCUAGAGGUUCUUUAGACCCUGCCACCUCUAACUCUGGAAGUGGUUCUGCUUUUGAGGCAGCCAAAUUAAGACAGCCAGAUGGGUGUGUGGAACCUGUACGGCAACAGUCUGGAAAUGCCAGCACAGAAACCUUGCCAUCAGGGUGGGAACAGAGAAAAGACCCUCAUGGUAGAACCUAUUACGUGGAUCCUAACACUCGGACGACCACAUGGGAGAGGCCGCAGCCUUUACCUCCAGGUUGGGAAAGAAGAGUUGAUGAUCGUGGACGAGUUUAUUAUGUGGAUCAUAACACCCGAACAACAACCUGGCAGCGGCCUACCACGGAGUCUGUUCGAAAUUUUGAACACUGGCAGUCUCAGGGGAACCAAUUGCAGGGAGCUAUGCAACAGUUCAACCAACGAUACCUCUAUUCGGCUUCAAUGUUAGCUGCAGAAAAUGACCCAUAUGGACCUUUGCCACCAGGCUGGGAAAAAAGAGUGGAUUCAACUGACAGGGUUUACUUUGUGAAUCAUAACACAAAAACAACCCAGUGGGAAGAUCCAAGAACUCAAGGCUUACAGAAUGAAGAACCCCUGCCAGAAGGCUGGGAAAUCAGGUUUACUCGGGAAGGCGUUAGGUACUUUGUUGAUCAUAAUACAAGAACAACAACAUUCAAAGAUCCUCGCAAUGGGAAGUCAUCUGUAACUAAAGGUGGUCCACAGAUUGCUUAUGAACGCAGCUUUAGGUGGAAACUUGCUCACUGUCGUUAUUUGUGCCAGUCUAACGCACUACCCAGUCAUGUAAAGAUCAAUGUAUCCCGGCAGACAUUGUUCGAAGAUUCCUUCCAACAGAUUAUGGCAUUAAAACCCUAUGACUUGAGAAGAUGAUUACAUGUAAUAUUUAGAGGAGAAGAAGGACUUGAUUAUGGUGGUCUAGCAAGAGAAUGGUUUUUCUCGCUUUCACAUGAAGUUUUGAACCCCAUGUAUUGCUUAUUUGAGUAUGCUGGCAAGAACAACUAUUGUCUACAGAUAAAUCCAGCAUCAACCAUCAAUCCAGACCAUCCUUCAUACUUCUGUUUUACUGGCCGCUUUAUUGCUAUGGCACUUUUUCAUGGGAAGUUUAUUGAUACUGGUUUCUCUUUACCAUUCUACAAGCGUAUGCUAAGCAAAAAACUGACUAUUAAGGAUUUGGAAUCUAUUGAUACAGAAUUUUAUAACUCCCUUAUCUGGAUAAGAGAUAACAACAUUGAAGAAUGUGGCUUAGAAAUGUACUUUUCUGUUGACAUGGAAAUUUUGGGAAAGGUCACUUCGCAUGACCUGAAAUUGGGAGGUUCCAAUAUCCUCGUGAUCGAGGAGAACAAAGAUGAAUAUAUUGGUUUAAUGACAGAGUGGCGUUUUUCUCGAGGAGUGCAAGAACAGACCAAUGCCUUCCUUGAUGGUUUUAAUGAAGUUGUUCCUCUUCAGUGGCUACGGUACUUUGAUGAAAAAGAAUCGGAGGUUAUGCUGUGCGGCAUGCAGGAGGUUGACUUGGCAGACUGGCAGAGAAAUACUGUAUAUCAACAUUAUACAAGAAACAGCAAGCAAAUCAUUUGGUUUCGGCAGUUUGUGAAAGAGACAGACAAUGAAGUAAGGAUGCGACUAUUACAGUUUGUCACUGGAACCUGCCGUUUACCUCUAGGAGGAGUUGCUGAGCUUAUGGGAAGUAAUGGGCCUCAAAAAUUUUGCAUUGAAAAAGCUGGCAAAGACAUUUGGUUACCAAGAAGCCACACCUGUUUUAAUCGCUUGGAUCUACCGCCAUAUAAAAGUUAUGAACAACGAAAGGAAAAACUUUUUGCAAUAGAAGAGACAGAGGGAUUUGGACAAGAAUGA